AUGUGGCGCCUCCCAGGGGUGCUGGGCCGAGCUUUUCACCGUCUGCCAAGAUCUGGCUUCCAGGAGUUGAACAGGUCCACAAACCCACAAGAUGGGCCUCCGGCUACCUCCUCUAACCUGCUAGUCCCUGUGUCCAGCCUUGAUAGCUCCAGCCCCCAUGGCACAGGCCCAAGCACAAGCAGGGGCUCAAGGACCCAUGGAUGGAAGGAUGCCUUCCAGUGGCUGUCUUCUCCUGUCUCCCAUAAAACCCUGUGGGAUGCCUUAUCAUGGGGCACUCUGGCUGUGCUGGCCCUACAGCUGGCAAGGCAGAUCCACUUCCAAGCCUCUCUGCCAGGAGCACCUCUGCAUGUGGAGCCCUGCUCUUGGCGCAGGCCCCUGCAUCGGUUCCUCUCGUCUUCCUGGUGGCAUUUCACUCUGCGGAGGCACAUUCUCCCCAUUGAGAGCCCUGUCCCCAGGCACACUGGCCUGAGAGAAGCCAGGCUGGGCCAGGAAGGGCCCUCAGCUCAGGCGGGGCAACUUUCUUCACAUGGUUCCUUGAGGAUAGCUGGUGUUCAGGACCCUGAGGAAGAUCACAGUAAUACUGGCUUCCGCCAUGCCACCAGUAGCUUUGAGCCUAAAGCAAGGCAAGAUCAGCCUCUGACAACUGGGGACAAGCAGGAACAAGAUAAGUCAAAAACUCUUUCCCUUGAGGAGGCAGUGACUUCCAUUCAGCAGCUCUUCCAGCUCAGUGUUUCCAUCGCUUUCAACUUCCUAGGGACAGAGAACAUGAAGAAUGGGGACUACUUGGCAGCUUUUUCUUACUUCCAAAAAGCUGCGGACCGUGGCUACAACAAAGCACAGUACAAUGUGGGCUUAUGCUAUGAGCAUGGCAGAGGCACCCCCCGAGACCUCAGCAAGGCGGUCCUGUAUUACCAGCUGGCUGCCGGCCAGGGCCACAGCCUGGCUCGCUAUCGCUAUGCCAGGUGUCUGCUCCAAGACCCCACCUCCCUGGGGGAGUCUGAGCGGCAGAGGGCGCUGGUUAUGCUGAAGCAGGUUGCAGACUCAGGCUUGAGAGAGGCCCAGGCUUUUCUCGGGGUGCUUCUCACCAAGGAGCCAUAUGUGGAUGAGCAGAGAGCAGUGAAGUAUCUUUGGCUUGCAGCCAAUAAUGGGGAUUCACAGAGCAGGUACCACCUAGGAAUUUGCUAUGAGAAGGGACUUGGUGUGCAGCGAAAUCUGGGUGAGGCCAUACGGUGUUACCAGCAGUCAGCAGCUCUGGGAAACAAGCCAGCCCAGGAGAGGCUGCAGACCCUCUUCUCCAUGGAGACAACAGCCCUUGCGCCCAGUGACCUGGCAAUUACAGGAUUGAAGUCCUUCUCCAGCCCCUCCCUCUGCAGCCUCAACACCCUGCUGGCAGGGGCCUCUCACCUUCCACAUGCCUGGAGCACAGGGAACGUUGGACUCUGCUGCAGAAGCGGGCAUCUUGGACCUCACCCUGGGGCCAGCAGCAGCAAUGUCAUCCCGCCACACUCUCAUCUCUUGGAAAGGAGUCUAGUCAGACUGGGUUUUGGCUAA